AUGGAUCUGGUGAAUGGAGUCUACGAGUACGAGGUGGAGCUGGAAGAUGGACAUGAGAGCAUCAUCAACGUCUUUCUAUCCAAUAUCAGGCGGCCACUCCUAGAGGAUGAGUCAGUCCUAUACGACGAAGAUGGAAUGGUGGUGGUCAUGAAUGACUCAUUGGUGAAAUACGUCUGUGACCAGGAAAGCAGGUACAUAAUACGAUAUGACGGUAGCAAGUUUAUCAGAAAUAAGGCAAUAUGGAUUAGUACGGCUGAAAUCAAAUACGAGGGUGAAAUACUCAAAAUAUUCUACAGGGGUGAAAUAGACAUAAAUAGCAGUAAAAUGCCUGAGAAAGGAGGGGUAGUGGAAUACUACUACAAUGGUAGAAGGAUAAGUGUGGAUGUACUGGUUGAAUAUGAGAGAGAAGAGAUGGCAGGGGUAGUCAGGGAAGUAGAAAAUACUGGAGACUACCCAAAUAGAAGUAACCAUAAAUUAAGUAUGAAACUGAAGAAAUCCACCACAAAUAACAAGCACUACGAUAAGUUGAUUCCAGUAUUCUACAACUCCAUAACUAACGGUAGAAAGAGUACAAUCUGCUACAGUCUUCUUCAGCACAACAAAAUAGCAAACUAUUUCACAUUCUUCAUCAACUGUGGGAGAGUCAGGGUAUUCAUCACCAGCAGAUUCAUCAACACCGUCGAAAUGAACAACCUGAUUCAGUCUGACAAAUUGGAUCCAGAAGCCAUCAUGGCCAUACCAAAAGAGAGCAGUAGAAUCCAGUUCAAUCGGAAUCCAAUCAACAUCACCAACAAGUUUGAUCAAUACAUGAAUCUGGUGGUAGCACCUGAUCAGCUGAUUGGCGGCUACUCCUCUGAUCUGCUGCUGAACAAGGAUGUUGAAAUAUCCCACCCAAAUCCAUUCAUCAUUUUGAUCAAACUGCUGUACAGCCUGAAACCAUGCCCCUGA